ACAAAAACGGCAUUUCUGACACGUAUACACGCGUGUAUGCGCUUGCAGCGACGGCCCGUGCUUGCGUACCUUGUGUGUGCAUAGACCUUUCGAAACAGGCCGCGCUCAAGCGUUCGGCGCGCCUGCAGACGGACCCGAAUCCCGGCGCGCCAUGCCGCCGUCCAAAACUCGACGCGGCCGACGGUCCGGAAAAGACCGCGCUCAAGAAAACGCGUCAGAAACAACGUGUGUCUGGCUAGAUGGGCACUGUCGCGGAACAGACAACCGCGGAAAAAGCUUCUCAACUCUGGAUUCUUGGUGGAAACGCUAUACGAAAAACGCACCCGCCAAGUGCGCAAACGCAAAACCUUCGUCCAGCACGUCGAAGGAAAAAAAACCGAGUGACGACUGGUAUUCCGUAUGUGAAAGGUACUGGGAACGAGUAGAGGCGACGAACAACGGAAUGCUGGGUGGAUUCCCCGAUAUCAGUUCAAUCGACUUGGCAUCAUCUUAUAAAUUCUUGACGUCUCUCCUCAAAGUCAACGACGCGACCGUCGGGACAGAAUCCAACCGACAUAAUAAAAGAGCAAUUGACGUAGGCGCCGGAAUCGGCCGCAUCACCAGUGGCCUCCUUGCAAAAAUAUUCGAUCAAACCGAUUUGGUAGAACAAUCUCAAUCCUUUGUCGAUCGAGCACGUCUCGAACUGAAGCAAUUGAUCAACGCCGGAAAAAUAGGAUCCAUCUAUUGCUCCAACCUCCGGGACUUCUCGUUCGAGCACUCGUAUGAUCUCAUAUGGAUCCAGUGGGUCCUGAUGUACCUCCUCGAUAUUGACUUGAUUUCCUUUUUGAAAAGAGCGAAGCAAGCGUUGGAAUCAGGCGGCAUGAUCGUGAUAAAAGAGAAUCACACGCACUCCGGAUUCUACGCAGACACGGAAGACGGCUCUGUUAUACGAUCAGAUGAUCACUUCAAACUUUUAUUCAAGGCUGCGGGCUUGAAUCUGGUUGCUGAGGAAACCCAACUCAACAACUUCCUGGACCAACUGUUCCCAAUUAAAGCGUACGCCCUCAACUAAAAACCACAUCACGCCUCGCCUGUACUCUUUUCGAAUUUACCAUUUGAAAUAGUACCAUAAAACGCAAAAUAACACAACGACCACGCACAUGCCAGAAUAAACUAUUAUCUGAUCGACAAUCUGUCUCCUUCGAA